UCUGUAGUCGUCGUUUCUUUCUUCUCAAUAACUUUACUAGUAGCUACUAUGCAACAUAUCCUUUCCCUCGAUAGAACAUUUGCUACAAAGAAUGAGUCUUAUAAUCUACUGCACAAUGAUGCUUUGGAUUGGAAAGAAGAACUUGUUAUUAUUGGCUUGGCAGAUUCUUUAUUGAGAAGAAAGCAAUUAUUUUCUAGUCUAGAGUCUACAACAUAUAAACACCCAGAACUAGAGAAAUAUGAAAGAUGCAAUCAUAUUCUCCCGUCCUCUUUAGAGGAGAAUCGAGUAUAUGUUACAACAGACAAAAAAGAUAUUUGCCUGGAGUCUCGUCCUAGGAAUAUCAAUAAGACUUGUAUCGAAGAGAAACUCAAAUUAGACCCAUCAAUGUCUAGUCGAGGGUCUUUCACAUGGCACAAUGAUGCUGUUGACAGUAGUUGCAGAAAAGAUACAAAUCUUUUUGGAAUCCUACCUUACUUUACUAUGUCUUUGACAAAGUUUGACAUGCAAGAAAAGGACAAGUCCCUUCAUCAUAUACUACAAGGAACCUGCAGAGGCCAUUUUUGUUCAGCUUCCAGAUUACAGCCAAAGAAGAAGAGAAGUAGAAGUAUCAUCAAGUCUAAAAGGAAGAAAAGUUAUAUAAGAUUUACUCCUGAAGAAGAAAUGAAUUUGCGAAUAGGAAUAUCCCAGUUUGGAGUUGGACGUUGGAAGAAUAUCUUAUAUAGCUAUCCAUUUCAUCCCAAAAGAACUUGUGUUGACUUGAAGGAUAAAUAUAGAAAUAUGUUGAUAGCGUAUCGAAAAAGGCAAUGUUGUGAAGUCUUCCAUUCCACAUCCUUUUGGUAAAGGAAUGACAAAUGUAUAAUAAUAAGAAGAAAGUGGUUGCGGGGGCUUGAUAAAUUUUUCUUGCAACCA